AUGACUGGUGGAAAGUCCGGCGGCAAGGCCAGCGGUUCCAAGAACGCGCAGUCCCGUUCCUCCAAGGCCGGUCUCGCCUUCCCCGUUGGUCGUGUUCACCGUCUGCUCCGCAAGGGUAACUACGCCCAGCGUGUCGGUGCCGGUGCUCCCGUCUACCUCGCUGCGGUCCUCGAACCCGUAUCAUCCCCCCGUCACCUCCAGCUUGCCAUCCGCAACGAUGAGGAGUUGAACAAGCUCCUGGGUCACGUCACCAUUGCCCAGGGUGGUGUUCUCCCCAACAUUCACCAGAACCUUCUUCCCAAGAAGACCCCCAAGGCCGGAAAGGGCAGCCAGGAGCUGUAA